AUGAAAUAAAUUGCCUGUUUGAAACAUGAUUUAUCAUAUUUGUUAUUUAUAAAACAAGAGGCAAAGUAUAUUUGUGAAUAAUGUUGCCUGGAAUUCAAUGAAUAAUAAUACAUUUAAUUUGAAUGGUAAAAGUUAAUUGUCAUCAAUAAAGUAUAAUUUAUAUAUAUUAUAUGAAAGGCACUAUAAUCACCAGAACAUUUAACUUCAAAACUUGGUCUCCCAUUUUCCCUCUAUGUUUUCUUCUGCGAUUUAGAUAAAUUGGAUGAUAAAGCCAUGAAUAGUCUUCUAAUAAAUUCCUAGAGUUAAUUUUAAAAUAUAGAAAAAGCCGCAUGA